AUGUCUUUACCACCACCCAUGAUUGUGGACCAGCAAGCUUAUUCGGAUCAUCGAGAUCACGGGUCGGUUGGACCCGUAAUCGCUAUAUUAAUUGCUAUAUUUGUUCUAGGAGCAAUUUCUGUAAUGAUAGGUAGGGUAUGUUCGGGUCAUGGGUUAAUGGGUCGUUGUUACUAUGACCUUGAAGGAUGGGUUGAGACAAAUUGCGGGUCUUGUAUUGAUGGAUGGGUCAACCCGAUAUCUCCCGGGGUGACUGGUUCCCCACCGGUAGUGAUGGAGAACUAUGGCUCCCACACUAAUACUCCGGUUUCUGAGGCAGUGAGAGAAAGAGAAGAAGAGGAGGCAUAUAGUUGA